CCAGGCCCAAAAGGGCCAAGGCUUCCGAAGCUUGGCAUUUCUACUGAGCCUCCAGCGAGCCCUCAACCACCAAGGCCUGAUAUGGAUUCAAGGGCAACACUGACGAUUGGCGAACAAACUUUCGUGUGUGAUGCUACUGACUUGCAACGAAUAAGGCUCUUGGGCCGCGGCGCCUACGGUGUGGUUGAAGAAAUGAAACACGCUCAAAGUGGUAUCGUGAUUGCUGUAAAAAGGAUACAGGCCACAGUAAAUAAUCAAGAACAAAAACGUUUACUCAUGGACUUGGACAUAAAUAUGAGGAGUGGUUCAUGCCCUUACACGGUACAUUUUUAUGGAGCCUUGUUUAGAGAAGGAGAUGUUUGGAUUUGCAUGGAAGUUAUGGAGACUUCUUUAGAUAAACUUUAUAAAGCAAUCAUCAAAGAUGGGGAUAAGAUUCCAGAAACUGUUCUAAGAAAUAUUGCCCUGUCAGUUGUCAAGGCUUUGCAUUACCUUCACUCAGAGUUACAAGUUAUUCAUCGUGAUGUUAAGCCUUCAAAUAUUCUUAUUAAUCGAAAGGGUGAAGUGAAGAUCUGUGAUUUCGGAAUCAGUGGCUAUUUAGUGGACUCUAUUGCCCGUACAAAGGAUGCAGGCUGUCGACCUUACAUGGGUCCUGAACGUAUUAAUCCUGAGAAUCCAUCAGAAGGCUAUGACAUUAGGUCUGAUGUUUGGAGUUUAGGAAUUACAAUGAUAGAAUUGGCAACUGGUGUCUUCCCUUAUUCAACAUGGAAAACUCCCUUUGAGCAAAUCAGACAAGUGGUUGUCGAUGAUCCACCAAGAUUACCCGCUGAUAAAUUUUCUAAGGAAUUUGAAGAUUUUGUUAUUCAAUGUUUACAAAAGAAUUAUAAUAAUAGGCCUAAUUAUCCUCAAUUAUUAGAGCAUCCAUUUUUAACUAAGGUGGAUAAUCCUCCUGUAGAUAUGGCUGCGUUUGUAAAUAAUGUUUUGUCCAAACAUGGAGACUUAAAUGACAACUCCUGACUUUAAAGUAUUUAGCUUGGGAUAGAUGGACUUUUGUAAUGUUAGUGUAAAAGAAAAAGGGUGGAGAAUUAAGAGAGCAUGUCCUGAGAUAUUUCAAUAACCUAGUUUUCAAGUUAAUGAUCUCUAAUUCCU